CGCUCGCCACACACGCGAUGCAUGCGGGCACCUAGCGGACACACGCGCGCGGGCCUCAUGGGCACCGUGCUGAGCUUCAGCCCGCGCGAGCGGCGCCCGCCCGCCGCCGCCGCGCCGCCCGACCGCGCCGCGCUCGCCUACUCCUACGAGCGCCUCAACAACGCCAAGAACCGCGAGAACCGCGACGCGCCGCGCGACGAGCGCCGCGCCACGCUCGACGACGCCGCCAAGAUCAUCUCCGAGAAGACCGCCCUCGAGAAGAACCUCAAGAAGCACUCGCUGUUCAUCAACGCGCUCUCGUGGAAGAGGUUCUCCACCGCCAACAACAACAAGAAGAAGUUGGAAUGCAAGAGCAAGAGCGUCUCGACGUUCCGGGCGCCGCUGGCGGACAACGCGCCGCUCGACAGGAACAAGAAUGUGAGCGUCGGCGGCGCGAUCUACGCGCGGGCGCCCGCGGCCCCGCUGCCGCCGCCGGCCGAGGUCGCGCGGACCAACGCGUUGAACAACAACGUGUGCUACGCGGAGAAGCUGCCGGCGCCGCUGCCCGCGCCGCGCAAGACGGUGAUCCAGGCGUCCACGUCGGAGCUGCUCAAGUGCCUGGGCGUGUUCCUGCACGCGCGCUGCCACCGCCUGCGCGACUUCCAGCCCGGCGACGCGGUCAUGUGGCUGCGGACGGUCGACCGCUCGCUGCUGCUGCAGGGAUGGCAGGACGUGGCGUUCAUCAAUCCGGCAAACGUGGUCUUCGUGUACAUGCUAGUCCGGGAGCUGGUGGACGGAGAGCGGAUAGCGCGCCCGCAGGAACUCCAGGCCGUCGUGCUGACCUGCCUCUACCUCUCCUACUCCUACAUGGGGAACGAGAUUUCAUACCCCCUGAAACCUUUCCUAGUCGAAGACUCCAAGGAUAAGUUCUGGGACCGAUGCCUUUUAAUUGUUGACAGACUGUCGUUUAACAUGUUAAGAAUUAACUCCGAACCAGGGUUCUUUACGGAGGUUUUCACCGAGUUGAAGGCUUGUGGGGCUGUCGACACCCCUCCCCCCGCACCUCCGCACCCCGCGCCCGCACCCCCGCACGCUAUCUCGGCUGCCUGACACACAGAGGUCGCUGUGCUUAGACUAGCACUGACCGACCGACCGAGCAGAGUUUGAUGUCGGCUUUUAACUACGGAAGCUCUUGGUCAAUCGUCGAUUGUCAAAUGGACGACUAAUCAAACGUAUAGGUAAAUUGAUAAAAUAAAUUAGAACCGAAUUGCGAUCUAGGUAUACCGUUAUACUAGUCUUGGUAUGUUGGGUGUGUGAACGUAUUGUAAGUCUGAGAGAAGGUGAUUGUUGUCCACAAUUUGUCCAAAGUUAAACUUAUGUAUACUCGUCAAGUAAGGGGCAUAACAGACACGAUACUUUUAGCAUCAGCGAGCGGCUAUUUUGCGACUACAUCGCGUUUUUUAGACUUUCUGCGUUCGAUUGCUGUAUUGAAAUCGCACGUUUUAGCGAUUGUUUAGAUACUGUAUCACGUUUUGACGACUGUCUGUAUUAAUUAGAUCGCUGUAUUAAAAUAAUAAAUAAAAUUAUUUUGAUCGCGACGACUGUAGAAUAUAUUGUGUGCGGAGUGGAGCGUUGAAUCGUGGCAUUGAACUUCCAAAAAGCAACUGAACGCCGAUCGCUGAUGCUAAAAGCAUCGUGUCUGCUAUGGUCCUAAGUUGAAACAUAGACCCAGAAUAAGUAAGAUGAUUGCCAAGCAGCUUCAAAUUUCGUGACGAGAACUGUACAUUUAAAAGUUAAUUUAAUUUAUUUGCUCUGUAUCUUUGUUAUGAUUGACCAAGGCUUUUUAAACCAUAGCCGGAAACAAAAUGGGCUUAAAAUAUAAACUUAAUAGUAAAACAAGAAUAUAUCAGAAAUGUUAGCACGCGAACAAAAAAAUUAUCACAGACAAAAGAUAUUAUUUACUGUGUCGUGAUGUGUCGUAUUGUACUCAAGUACGCCUCAAGCGUUAGGAUUUCAGUGCGCUAUCUGGUUAAUUUUUUAAUGCAGUUGCUUUUUGACAAGAGCAUAAUGCGUUUGGCAAAAAGUGAUAGCAUUAAAAAUUUAUCUAAAUCUGUUUAAGUAUCCUUGUAAAGUUGAUCCAAGUCUUCAUAAAUAAUUCUCAAUUAUGAGUUUAUGACUCACAUUUGUCGGAUCACGACACGUUACGACACUGUAUAGUUUGUUUUCACCUUCACAGGUGAAACGAAGUAUGGAAAUCAAAACAUAUACCUAAUCACAUAGAUUAACUGUGGUAAAAGAACAUUGCAAAUUCCGAAUAGGUACUGAGAAAGUUUUGGAAAAUUUUGGCUAAGUUACCUAGUUGAUUAAAGCCGUUUGUUUGACUUUGUAACCGCCACCGAGGGCCCGCUGGUAGACGUAGGUUUAAAUUUUCAUACUCUAGUAAAAACAGAAUUUCGUAGUCUAGUAAAGUGACCUACUCUACUAGAGUAUGCAUACUACGUUAUCAGUUAUCACAAACGUUCAGUUUUUAUGAAUUAUCUAGGCGUAUCUCAAAAUUUUCCACAAACUCUUGGUCCAGAAUGAAGAAUGCGCACGAAGUAGAAAGAAGAUUGGCACCUUAGUGCAAGUGAGAUAACAUUAUUAUUAGUGUGCGCCUAGACAUGCAACACACUGACUUUAUCAAGUGUAUUGAUUGCCGAAAUUAAUUCUAUUUUGUGGGUACUAUCAAAAUAUUAAAAUGACCCUCGCUCUAUCCAAUCUCCUGUCACACGUCUGAGCCUCGAGUGUACAAUUUUCGCUAUAAAACUUGUUGUAUGCGAGUUUCAUAAAGGCCCGUUUUGCACCUAGGAGAAGCGAAGAGAUGUGUUUAAUCAGCUAAUCAGAUUUUUUAAAAAUGACGUUAUCAUUUUUCACGUCAUCUAUUAAGAAUCUGAUUGGUCGACUGAACACUCUCCGCUCCAAUUAAAAGGGGAUUGGGCCUAUUGUAUACUAGUUUCCACUGCGUACCAUAUUUUGAUACUAGUUACUUGUGGUUCGUAAUAUUAUAAGAUGAAUGUCAACUCUAGUGACCAGUUUAAGGCAUUUGUCUAACCACCAACGAUUAGCGAGAAACGAGUUGAGCUAAAAAUUAGAAAUUAGUUGGUAAGCAACGAGAAGCGAGUGCGUAUUUGGAAUAGUUAUGUUGCUGGGCUAUGAGCGUAUGUGCGAGUACUCGCUCGACUAGGCGGCCGAGACGCACAUUUAAUUCCUGCGCUUACUGCGCGAGUGUUUUGAGCAUUAAAGGGCCUUCGCUGAGCGACAUUUUUUUCUUUGAUAUCUCUUUCUCUGUUCUCACCAACAGUGUGCACGGUCAGCAAUCAACUAUUAAUAUAUUUCUCUUUUUUUGACUCGGAAUCAUACAUCGAUUGUACGCUUCUUGAGCGAAAAAAAUAGUCGAUAGCUAAUCGCUUCCUCGUCGGUGGUGGGACGACUACCUAAACAUUAAACGCUACUUAAAUCAAAGCGGACCUUAAAUAUCAUUUUUAAUAGUUUUUACUAGUUUACUGUAAGGGCAAAAUACCCUUUUUUAAGGAUUUUUUAGGAUUCACGGGUAUUUUCUAAACGAACUCUCGAAACUUGACUCUCGAGCUCUACAAACAUAGAGAAAGGACAAAAAGCCUAAACAUAAAGAAAAUGUUCACCUAUUCUGAAUAGUCUUGCUGUAAUUUAUUGUAUGUCUGUGUAUUGUAGGUAAUUGUCUGGUAAUCUUAAUUUACUAGCUCAGACUAAAGGAAAAUGAUGGAUGAAAUCUUGCGAACAAACCAAAAAUAUUUUCCAUUAUUGAACGAAAUUAGCAAAAUCCUUUUUGCUAAUUUCCAACCCACACGAUAUUUAAAACUAACUAUGUGUGGGUUGGAUCCUUAUUUAACCGACUUCCAAAAUGGAAGUGGUUCUCAGUUCAGCUCGUUUUUUAUAUAUAUAUUUUUUUAAUAUUGAGGGACGACCCCUUUGUGAAAAUUAUUGCAUCUCGAUUUCCGGAAUUAUAUUAUUCUUGAAAGCUGAAUCUGUUGCACACACUUUUGGUAAAAUUUUGUAUAUUGUUUAUAUUGUUAGAUUGCCGUAUGUGAAGGUAGUGCUCGGGCCGAGCGGUAUACAUAGCAAUCAGCUCUUCAAGUAUCGUUAAUUUUUAUAAGUUUCCGUUCUUCUUUUUCCUUUAGUCUGUGUUUCAGGCUGCAGUCUUGCAGCGACGUUCUAGUCCAAUAGCGCAGCGGUUAGUUAGUAAGAUAAGAGUUUCGUAAAUGUAGUGAAUGAUUGUAUGCCAUAUAGUUAGAUGAUAUUAGAAAAAAUAUCUGGCAGGCGGGAGGAUGCAAUAACGCGGCAACACCGUCGUAUUUCAGUCACCAAUCAAAAGCGGAAUCACAUGGGAAUCCCUGUACAAUAUUUUAAAGAAAUAGAGCUAUAUGUUAGAAAGAGAUAAACGCUGUAAGCGCGUCUUUUUCUUUUGUAUAACGUUGUCCUUAUUUGUAUUUGAAGAGUUGCAUUGUCGAUGGUUACUCUUAAGUUGGAUUUACACGCAAGUUAGUUAUGUAGCGAGUUUUUAAAUAUUGCUGAUUUGGCGAUUUAUGGUGGUUCAGACGUUUCAUUUUGUUUUGUUUAUGUUUCCAUUCGACAUCCUUCACUCGAAAAUGAAACGUCUGAACACAAUAUGAAUGAACCGUCUGAAAUUACCUUAUACAGCAUCGCCAGAGUGAACUGUGCUAUUAGCAUCGCUUAGUGUCUGUUUGCAAGUAGCAAGUUUACUUGCUUGAUAACUUGACUCACUACUUAGCUAAUAAAUAUGGAAAUUGGUUAUCACUCCGGUAAACCUUUCUAAAAUGUGUACGUAAGUAUGGCCGGCUCAAAGCGGAAUGUUAAAGCAAAUGGCGUACAUAUAAUAUAAUAAAACUAGGUAAAAUUUUGCGAAUGAUUAAGCGUUUUGUACAGUUAUAACGAUUAAAAUACCUAUAUUAAGUACUAAAUAUUAGUCUAGUUUAGACAAAUGACCGGCAGGUGUUAAAAUACGCCUGGCAAGGCACUCGGUUGAUUAAAUAAAACUAAAAAAUAGUUAACUUACAUUAAAAAUAUAUACUUGCCUACUGUUUCAGAUGCCCCUAAAGCUUAUUUGCAAGCAAGUUGCAAAGUAAGUUUGCAUUUAAAGUCGGUUACGAAAAAUUAAUCUAAAGCGUAGAAAACUGGCCAGACUGAGCUCCUACUGGAGAAUGGACUUUGUGUAGGUUAGCUGGAUUAUUGGCUAGAUUAAAUUGUACACACAAAAUUGUGUUUUUGAACUGCAUGUCGAAAUCUGAAUUUCAUUCAUAAACUUAGUGUCUUUGCAGAAUUUCGUAAUUUGUUAUGCUUAUCGUUGUAAAGAUAGGAAAAAUUGCACUAUUUUUAACUAGCUUUUAUUGAACUUACCGAGUGUCGUAGAAUUAAGAUUGUUUAGUCAAGUGAAUGUCAUAAGAUAAUAGAAAGUAUUUACUGAUUUAAAAAAAGAAUCUCAAAAAAAUAUUCCAAACUCAUUUACGAUUGGGUAAAGUAGAUGUCUGUGAUGUUUAUUGAAUUAUAUUAUACUUAGCUUCGCAUUGGUGUUAUAACAUUGUUUUGUUAUACUUUCCUAUUUUAAUUUUUGCAAUUUUUAUUUGUUGUAAUAGUUAAGGAAUCUUACGUUUAAGGUUCGCACACAAUUUGACGGAUCGCACCGCAUCGCAUUCAUUAGCAUAUUUUAUCAACUAUAUGUGUUGCGUAAAUUGAGAAAUAACAAUAAAACGUACGAUAAAGUUAAUUAAUAGGUACGUAUACUCAAUAAUAUAUAUAAACGAGUUGUAAUGCGAAUGCAAUGCGCUGCGGUGUGGCACGUAUUGAUUUGGGCUUAGUUUUAAGGUAUUAGAUUAAUUAAGAUGUUGAUUAAGUUGAAUUAAUUUCUAAUAAUAUCUUUAACUGGUAAACGAGUUUUUGAUGCCGUCUUCACUAAAACAAAAAUCUUUAAUAUUUUUUAUAUUCAUUUGAAGUAAUUUUUAAGGAGUUAUUGUUAUUGUUCGUCAAUUCAUUUUAUUUUGAUGUAAGAAUGAUUCACAGAAAUCUGUUGGAGCUAUACUUUUAAGAAAUAAGAGGUAAAUGGGAAUAAUCUAGUCGUUAAAUCUUAAAACGUAUGGUAUUCAUGGCAAAUAUUGUUAGCCAUGUUCUAUAUUUCUGGUAUAGAAAUUACAAAUGCUCGACUGAUGAAUGCGUAAGUUUAAAAUUGUUGGUAAUGCUUGUUGAUAAGGUGAACUAUUGGAAACGAUUAAAAUAUUAUAUCAUGAUACCGACGAAAACGCUUAUUUAUGAGUCUAAUAAAUACUUCAAUGACAGUCAUUAACCCACAUACCAUGUGGCUGAUAAAAAUGAUCCUUAAUUUCAAAUAAUAAUAAGCAACUAGUUUUUAGAUGUUAAGAAUAAUAAUUGCAGGUCAGUCGAAAAAAAGUAGCCUUAUGAAUUUGACGAACUUUCAAUAACUAGGUAGGUUUACUGUUUAGGAAAACCAAGCUAG